AUGUCGUCUCAAGGAAGUGGACACUCACACGACUAUAGUUUUCAAGGCCACGACCCUUCACCGUUACCGUCAAACCACGAGUGGGUGCGUGUCGAUCCACCAGAGGAGCCGGGGAUCAAUCCUGCACAACGCCAGCAGUAUCACCUCCUCCCGUCCACCCACCAGUCAGCCCUAUCAGCAGCAAUUCCCGUGAAUAAUCUGUCUGUGCAAGACGCCUUUCAAUUGGUCCACCCCGACCCAGUCAUUUUGGCUCAAGAACAACCCAACAUCCUUUCUCUUCCUCCUCCUCCACAACAACAACAACAACAACCUCAACCUCAACCUCAACAACCUUACCACACGUCAAACCCUACAACACCCAUUGACAUUCCUCAAGGUAACGUUGGUCAGAGUCCUGCGUUUGACUUGCUCCAUCAAUCCUAUCCUCCAACCGAAAACUUUGAUUCCGAUUCAAUGUACGCCAGCGUCCAGAGUUACUACCACCCUGAUAUCACUUCGCAUCCCAGUCAUCUGGUUGGCGCUGUGAGCAGUCCCUUUUCGCCGCUUGAUUCUACGAUGUAUCCUCAGGGAAAUAGGCAACAGGCGCCUAUUCACCCCCAACAAGCAUCGUGGCCUCAAUAUCAACGGUCAUUAACUCGCACACCGGAGGAUCCGUACCAGAGACGACCACACGAAUCAUUGACACCUCCCGCAGGCUAUGCGCCUCUCCCAUCACAGCCCGCUGUCUUUUCAAAUACAUCGUUCCCAGCCAGUCUGCAACAGCCACAACCCCAAGCAUUUUACCCUACUUCUAAUACUUUUGGCUUUAACCAACCUAAUUAUGAGUUUCCUCAACCGUCCUUUGUCCCAUCGAAUGCCUACCCCAUCACAACCGGCCCGGACCCACGGAUCCCAAUGAGAACUUCUCCAUACACAGGUAGCAACCAGUCGACCCCGACCACCCCAGAACCCGAGAGCCAAGUUCGUGUGCUUGAAUCGAGACCCAAACCGCAGUGUUGGGAUCACGGAUGCAACGGCCGUGAAUUUUCGACAUUUAGCAAUCUGCUGCGACACCAGCGCGAGCGUUCGGGGGCCGCGGCCAAGUCCGAAUGUCCCCAUUGUGGCGCCGUCUUCACACGAACAACUGCGCGAAAUACGCAUAUAUCGCAGGGUAAAUGCAAAGGCAUCCGCGACUCGACUGAGUAA